CCUGCAAUUAUGAGAAUUGCAUCAUGCAUUAUUCACCAGCCUGUCGCUCAUGCCAUUGCGAGCUUUCUGACGCUGAGCUCCAAUUGAGCUCUUUCUAAUACACUAGCCUGCAGGAAACACCAAUUGGGAUGUGCAUGAGCUUGUUUUUAACCUUUGAUCAGAUUCAUAAGAUUUCUUCCGCAGGUUUUGCACCUUGUUUCAGCCUGUCUUUGUGCUCUCAGUUCUGCGCCACCUCAGCGAGGUGGCACAAAACAGGGGUUUUUCUGGAUCGCCUUCGUCCUGAAAGUUUGCUCUGUCUUUGAUUUCAACAGUCAGGACGACAGUCAGAAGUACAUUGACUUAGGCCCACUGUAAGAUCUCUGGCAGAUUCUGCAAACCAACAGAGGGUGGAAGACUAAGCAGACAGAGUUGGAACACCUCAUUAUCUUGGUUAGAAGACUCAACUUCAGACAGGACUUACAAAUGGCAGGCGGCCAGGAGGGAGUUGUUGUGGUGGUAGGGGCGGGGCCUGGCAUUUCACAAGCUGUGGCCAGAAAAUUUGGGAGGGAGAAUUUCAAGGUGGCCCUUCUCGGACGGCGGGAGGCCUCAUUGGCAGAGCUUUGUGACAAGCUCAAGGAACUGGGAAUCACAGCCAAAGGUUACGUCGCCGAUGCGGGCGAUUUUGCGGCUUUGAAACAAGCGAUGGAACAACUGACUGAGGAGUUGGGGUCGCCUACAGUGCUUGUUUAUAAUGCGGCAGGGGGGAUGACCACCAUGGCUCUGCCAAAGGACCUGGAUCCUGAAACUCUGGUGCAAGACUUCAGAGUUUCGUCGGCUGGGGCCCUGGCAGCCGUUCAGCAAGUUCUGCCGGCCUUCCGGAAAGCGGGCGGGGGAACCAUCCUGCUCACGGGGGGUAUCUUGGCCAUCGAACCGCUCUGGCCAAUCAUGUGCUCCCUGUCGGCGGGAAAAGCGGCCGUCCGAAACCUGGGGUUUGCGCUGUACAAAGAUCUGCUGGAGGAGAACAUCCACGUGGCCACGGUAACAGUGUGCGGACGGGUGGAGCCAGGCAGCGGGGAGCUGGACCCGGACCAUAUUGCGGACAUCUACUGGGAGCUUCACACGGAGAAGAAGGAGCAAUGGAGGAGAGAGGUGUACGUACCAAAAGAUGCCGGCGGCCACAUAAAGGUGUGAUUGCGAGUAGCCUACGGAUUCAGACCGUUGCGCCAGUUGAACCGCUAAAGGAGGCCCUCCCAGGAAGACGCUGUUCGCGCUUAGAAAAGAGCGUUGUCGUGUUGGCACGCUGUCUGCUCCGGGAGAUACUUGUCAGCACACAGAGCGUUUGUUUCGCAGCUCGCAGAUAUUAUUGCACUUGGCUAUUUUGGGGCUGGCAAACAGGAUAGACACGGGAACGUCGUGGCCUAGGUCAAUACUAUCGUCGAGUCGCUCGUUACGAACGCUUUCAGUAGAUUCCACACCGCCUCGUCAUCGUCAUUCUUACAGACUGCUACGAGUUGGUUUCCUUUCUUUGUAGACGAGCAAACCCCUCGCUAUGUCCAGAACGUGCAGCUUCCAAAGUCUCAUCCUGGUGUUCAGGUAGGUAGGUAGAGUGUAAUCAACCACGAAGACCUACCUCUUCCCGUUUGCGAUGUUACAUUUACAAAGCUCGCUGAUGCGAUCACCGCGUUUGGGAGAGCACAAGUGAGGCGCGUGAUACUUUGCUCUCGUGGCGCUGCCGCUAGUCAUCGUCUGUACCGGCCACGCUGUCAAGCAGGCCCGUGUGAUUGACUGGAGUAAAUCAUCCAUAAUAUGCACAAACUGUCAAGGCCGCA